AUGGUUGAGCUGUUACAGCAAAAACCUGAAAUGGCGCAGGGUUUUACCAAGUGCCCUAAGGAAGAAGUGGCCGCUUUUUGGAACAAUAUGGCCCAAGAACUCAACAGUGUUGGUCCGCCUUUCAAGCAUAUUUCCAGCUGGAAGAAGGUAUGUCUUGACUGGAAGGCCUACAUAAAAAGAAAAUUGGUUGAAAAUAAAAAGGAGCAGACAGCUACUGGUGGCGGCAGAAAUAGGCAGCACCAUUUCAAUGAAUUGGAGGAAGCGGUGAUAAUACUAACGGCAUUGGAAAAAAGCACAAGUGGUAUUGCGAAUACAGUGAGCAUCGGCUUACUUAUUGUAGCCGACGUGGGCAAUGAGACAGAGGCCGACGAAUCGAUGCCAUCAGUGACCUGCAGUCCAGCACUGCCUAGACGUACUACUAGGCCAUCGGAAACAUGUACAGCCUGUAGCUAUGGAGAAUUUGGUAGCUGCUAA